AAUAAUCCAACCAACCAACCCAACUAUCCCAAUUAGAUGACGACUUCCCCUCCACCGAUCCCCUCCUCAUUCGACCCAGCCAUCCACCUUCACUCCGACCCCGACCUAGACUCCGACCCAGCCUUCCUCGAAUUCGAACACCAACAACAACCCAACCAUUACCACUACCAGCAACAACAGCAGCAGCAGCAGCAACAGCACCCACUCUCCCAAACCUUCUCCGACGACCUCGAGGCAUUGCACCUGCAACGCCAGGACCAGGCGCGCAACAGGGUUGUCAUCCAGCACCGCGCGUGGAAUCUCUCGGAUGUGUUCCGGAGCGACGAGGACAUAAGGCCCGACACCCCCUCGAAGAAGAGAAGGUUGAUCGAUUCGCCUGCUUGGUUGCCCUCAUCGCCGCCGACUGUUCAUAGGAUGCCGUUUAUUUCGUCGCCCGCUGGGGCUGGAGCUGGGGGUGCUGGUGGUCAGGGUCAUGGUACGCAGUGGCAGGAGCAGCCAACCAAAACUGCCGAGUCCAAGGGGCCGAAAAUCAUGGGUGGGUUCUUGGAUGAUGACGACGACGACGAUAAUGACGAGGAUGGGCUGGAAGCGCUACACGAUGCGCAGUUCAAGUCUCAGUUCGAGAUGCAGGAGCAGAUCAUCGAGCAGCCGCCUGUCGAAUUACCUGCCAUCCCGCGGCCGUCGCAGAUUGCUCCGCAGCCGCAGCCGGAGCCGAGUAGCUCAUUGCUGACGACGAUGGCUCUGCCCUCGCGCCGACAAACAAGGUCGAUCCAGAUCAAGACCUGCUCCGGCAAGACGCAUCAUGUUGGUCUCAAGAAACCGGCAAGUAAGGUGUCUUACGAAAGAUUGAUAGCAGGCCGUUCAACUACUGCUCCUGGUCGAGCGCAGAAAGCUUACUAUGGUAUCGAUAUCCAUCGGCUCCUUGACGAAGCUGCGAAAGAGGACAUCGCUUCGCAGGAGGCCAGGUCGCGACCUACGCAUACAGUACAGCCGUCGAUCGAGCCCUCGCUUGAUGCUGGCCACGGCAAGGCUAGUAAGCAUGCCAAGGCGAUGUGGACUGAGAAGUACCGCGCACGCAAAUUCACGGAGUUGAUUGGUGAUGAGCGCACGCAUCGACAUGUUCUACGGUGGCUGAAGGGAUGGGAGCCCAUUGUCUUUCCCAACCUGGGCAGGUCGAAACCGAAGAAACCCAUGCGAAACGAUAAAGACGACGAAGAGCCGGCACACCGAAAAGUCCUGCUUCUGUGCGGCCCUCCUGGACUCGGAAAGACCACUCUCGCGCAUGUCUGUGCUCGACAGGCGGGCUACGAGGUGCUCGAGAUCAACGCUAGUGACGACCGGAGCAGAGAUGUCGUCAAGGGUCGAAUCAGGGACUCCCUCGGCACGGAGAACGUCAAGGGGAUGAAUGUCGAAGUCGGCGAGGACAAGGUACGCAAGGCUGGUCGGCCGGUUUGUGUGGUUGUGGAUGAAGUGGACGGAGUCGUGAGCGGAUCUGGUGGUAGUGGCGAGGGCGGCUUCAUGAAGGCCUUGAUUGACCUUGUGAUGCUGGAUCAAAAGAACUCCGCACGGAACGCCGAGAAGAACUCAAACCCUGGCAGGAAGAAGAAGGGUGACAACUUCCGCUUCUUACGUCCUCUUAUCCUCGUCUGUAACGAUGUCUACCACCCCAGUCUACGCCCGCUGAGAACAGCUUCCAUUGCUGAGAUUAUUCAUGUGCGUCAAGCACCGUUGGAAAAUGUCGUUGCACGGAUGAAAAAAGUGUUUACCAUUGAAGGCAUUCCAGCCGACAACGAUGGCGUGAGACGUCUCUGUGAGGCAUCCUGGGGCAUUGCCAGGAGAAAGCAGAUGGGCGUCAAAAGUAGUGGAACAGCUGAAGGUGACAUCCGAAGUGUGCUCGUCGCGGCCGAGUGGGUGGCUCAUAAGCUCCGGAGCGAAUGUCCAUCCACACUGAGGUUGACACGAAGCUGGCUGGAGCAGAAAGUCCUCAACGACAAGACAGGUGGUGGGUCGUUCUUCAAAGGCCUCAAUCGCGGUGGAGUACGAGACCUCGUUGAGAGAGUCUUUACGGAAGGGGCUGGAUUCGCCGACGCCCCCGUGGGUGUGGAUUCCUUCCGAGACCCCUACGACGACUCUGCCAAAGUACCAGUCGGCGUUGCAGACUUGCGCAAGCGCCAUGCAAUCAACCGCCUUCGCGAGAUGGUCGACGCCAGCGGCGAGCAUGACCGCUGCGUGUCGGAGUGCUUUUCAUCCUAUCCCUUACAAACCUAUCAAGACGACACCUUCCUCUCCAAACCCAACACAGCCUACGAAUGGCUGCACUUCCACGACACCAUCUCCUCUAAGGUCUUCUCUCACCAAGACUGGGAACUGAGCGCAUACCUAAGCCAGCCCGUCCUGGCCUUCCACCAUCUCUUCGCCUCGGCUCAGGGCAAAGCCAAAGCGCCCACGGACGCCGACAAAGACGCCACAGAAGAAGAGCACCCUUUCUCCGGGCCCAUAGCCGACUUCGCCGCCUACGAAGCCCAGAAGCAGAACCGGGCCCUCCUCACCGAAUUCCAAUCUUCCUUCUCGGCACCGCUGAGCCGCCUCUUCCGCUCCACGGACUCCCUAGUCAUCGACCUCAUCCCCAACCUCAUCAAGAUGCUCUCCCCGGACGUGAAGCCCGUCGUCGUCCGCGGCAGCGGCGAGCAGAGGAGCGUGGCCAGCGUCCGCAAGGAGAGCGAGAGGGUCCUCGUGCAGGCCGCCGUGCGCGUCAUGGCCGGUCUCGGCGUGCGAUUCGAGAAAGUGCGCGUCGAGGGCGUAGGCGGUGCUCACGGUGGAUGGGCCUAUCGAAUGGAACCACCCCUAGACACACUCAUCACCUUCUCCCAACCCAAAUCCGCCACCAACCCCAGCUCCUCCGCCGCCGCCCCCGUCCGCUACGCCGUCCGCCAAGUCCUCGACCAAGAAUACCGCAAAGAGACCGCCCUCAAGAAAUCCACCGACGGUCUCAAACUCGCCGGCAGCAAGACCACCCAGAAAUCCUCCGCCGAUACCGCGACAUCCAAGAAAUCCUUCAACGGCUUCAAGGAUGGCGUUGCGGUCAAGCGCGACUUCUUUGGCCGGAUCAUUGAAGACAAGCCUGUCUCGCAAGCGGGCGAGGUCGACGAGGCGCAACGGAAGAACGCUGCCGCCGCGGCUCAGCAGACCGAGAUGUCCAUUAAGGCGGGGAGACGCGUUUGGGUGACGUAUCAUGAUGGGUUUUCGAAUGCGGUGCGGAAGCCGAUUUCGAUGGCGGAGUUGUUGGCUGAUCUUUAG